UGUAAUGUAUGAGCCUUGGCAAACAGAUUGCAAGAACUAGAAAUUAAGCAUACACAAUGAGAAUCAAUAGGACUUUCUCCUUCCUAAUAAUCAUUUGCUGCUUUCUUUCAGUGUUCUUGCACACCAUUCCACAGGGUCUAGCUGCAAGAGAAUUAUUACAGGAUAUUAAUCCUCCAAACAGUAAUAAUAGUGUAGCUGGAGAAGGAUAUGGAGGUAAUAAUAGUAUAGCUGGAGAAGGAUAUGGAGGUAAUAAUAGUAUGGCUGGAGAAGGAUAUGGAGGCAAUAAUAACACAAAGAGAGAACAGAGUAGAAUAGGAGUUCACGAUAGCGAAGACGACCAUGCAGGUUCAGCGCAUGGAUAUGGUCCUCCUUCUGAAGGGACAGUGCAAAUGCCACCUCCAACAGCAGUAACCAAGGUUGAAACUGCACACCAAUCGGUCCAAUCCCAACCCUCUCAAUACUACAGCCCGCCGGAGCCCCAGUACCAAGGCGGCAAUUAUUAUUUCAGCCCUCCAGGCCAGGAGUAGACCUUAAUUAUAUAUUUUAUAUAAUGUUUAUUAGUAAUUGACGGAUUUUAGUUCUAUUAUCAUCUCUAGUAAGUACUUUGAUUUGAUAUGAGCCCUUCCAUUUUUAUUUUUUCUAUAAAAAGAACUUGAACCAGAAGAAUUUUUUUGCGCUUGGGCUUUUCUGUGGAUUGCUUAAUUCAGUAAUCGGGAAGACAAGAAUGACAGGUUGUGCAUUGUUAUUUUGAUAGUUUGGCUCGUUAAUGAAGACGACAAAUCGUCUGCGCUUUGUUAUCAAUGUGAAAUCAUACAAAUAUUUCGUAUAAAUUUAUGGUGAUAUGAAAUAUCAUGUAAAAUUUUAUAUAAUAA